AUGUACAGCAAUAACACCAUAGAGAGAUUGGAUGACUAUGUUGUCCCUCCAUCAUUAGAUCCCAAAACCAAUGUCAAUUCCAAAGACGUCGUGAUUUUGCCACAAAUUGGUGUCGCUGCUAGGCUUUACAUCCCCAAUCCCACCCCCGAAGGACACAAACUUCCUCUGCUAAUUUACAUUCAUGGUGGAGGUUUCUGCUCUGAGAGUGCUUUUAGUCCGGGUUACCAUAACUACGUGAACUCACUCGUGGCGAAUGCUAGUGUUGUCGCGUUGUCGGUUAAUUACAGGGUAGCACCAGAGAACCCUAUUCCUGCUGCUUACCAAGAUUCAUUGUGUGCGCUAAGGUGGGUUGCUAACCACUCCGAGGGAUGUGGUGGUAGUGAGGCAUGGCUCAAUGACUAUGUUGACUUUGAAAAUGUGUACCUUGUUGGAGAUAGUGCAGGUGCUAAUAUAGCACACAAUGUGGCAAUGUUGGCUGGCCAAAAUGAGUUGGAUGGUUUGAAGAUUGCUGGUAUGGUUCUAAUGAGCCCAUAUUUUUGGGGGACACAGCCAAUUGGUGAGCAUGAGCCCAAGGACAACCACAUAAGAGCUAUUGUGGAGCUGUUGUGGCACGUGGCGACGGGGAUGAGUGUCGGGUUGGAUGACCCACGGGUAAAUCCGAUUGUGGAUCCGAAUUUGUGGAAACUAGGGUGCACAAGGGUGCUGGUAUGCAUUAGUGAGAAUGAUUGGUUGAGAGAUAGGGGUGAGUAUUACAGCAAGGCAUUGGGUGAGAGUGGGUGGAAAGGGGAGUUGGAGCUUUACGAGACUAGAGGUGAGAACCAUGUGUUCCAAUUGAGCAAGCCCAAUUGUGCACAUGCUCAGGCCCUACUCAAUAAAAUAUCUUCUUUCAUAAACAAACAAUCGUGUCAUUGA